AUCUAUAUAUAGCUCUUGUAAAACCUUUUUCCCGCCAUUCACCCUCUCUGUAUUUCACUCUUCAAUGGUGAGGUCUAGAACCGCUGCAAAACCCUCCGCACCGGCACCGGAAAAUGAGUAUAACCUCGAAGUUAUCUCAAUCGGUUCGCUCUACAAUGGACAAUGGCACAAGAAGUAUUGGAGCACUUCUAGGGGUAAAGAUCGACAUCCAUAUCCCGUCGGCUACCAAGCUGUUAGAGCUCACAACGGGGUCACUUGUAAGAUGGAAAUUCUCGAAGGCGUUAACGGUCCUACAUUUUUGAUUUCUUCUGAUGAUGGGAAUUCCGCUUCUGGGAAAACUCCAGACAUUGCAUGGGCCGGGUUUCAGAGGAAAGGUUUCACUCGCACCACCAAGGUUUUGCGUAGGAAGAGACAUUCGCCUAAAAUGGAUGGCGUAGAGCUUUUUGGGUUCAAAAACCAGUUUAUUCUGAGGUUGCUUCGCGGACUAGUGGCAGAUACAAAUAGAAUAGCUGAACCAAGCGGACUAGUGGCAGAUACAAAUGGAAUAGCUGAACCAAGCUUCCGUAACGAGGUUUCUAAAACAGAGCAUGAUGAUUCAUUAAUUCCCUUGGGAAGAUCACGUUCUAAAGAGUCUCAGGGCUGUAUUGACGUUGAUCUUUAUGCUCCCGAUACACCAGAUGAGGAAGUGCUAAAAUAUGAUUCAAAUAUAAGCCCAAAGAAUGAUUAUUAUAAUUCGACUGACAAGGAUGUGGCAAAGUCGAUGAUGUCACUUCUGCUUCCUCAAGCAGUUCCCUUACUAAGGAAUAACUCAACAGAUGAGAAGUUCACACUUAUCCCUUCAGAUACACUGCCGUUUAAAGAAGAACAAAAUGAAGUUGGAUGUGUUUCGGAUGUACCAUCGUCUGAUAAAAACAGGCCUCAUGAUUAUGAUGUAUGUAUUCCUGAUUCUGAUCUGGAGGACAUGUCUUCUCCUGAUGUAUGUGUUCCUGAUUCUGAUCUGGAGGACAUGUCUUCUCCUGAUGUAUGUGUUCCUGAAUCUGAUCUGGAUGACAUGUCUCCUCCUGAUGUAUGUGUUCCUGAUUCUGAUCUGGAUGACAUGUCUCCUCCUGAUGUAUGUGUUCCUGAUUCCGUUCUGGACGAGUCUCAAGCACAUGAUAGUUUCAAGUCAGUGCAAAAUGACCUUCCAAUUGCUCAGGAUUUUACUGGAGAAAAGACGCAAGAUGAAGCCGGUGGUAAAAUAGGCAAUGCUAAAGCAUUGGCGAUAUCUUCUUCUCAGUCACCAAAUUUCAUAAACACCAUAAGAAAGAGGCGAAAUUUUGUUUCUCCUCGAACGCGUACUGCCCGCAACAGUGUCCCUCCAUCAAAAACCAUUCAAGCAAAAAAUGAUAAACUACGCAAACCAGAUGAUUCUGCAGGUUUAAUAUUAGAGAAACCUGAAGUUCAUAGUGAUGUUCCAGCUCUACAAAACAACCUAGCAGAACUAAACCUUUCAUCUCAAAAUCCAAACCCACUUUCCUGUGAAAAUAAAUGCUCUGGUGGCAAGGAAGCUCAAUUUAUUUCAGAACCAAUGGUUCCAAGAAAUCAGGAACUCAAGGAUAAUCCGAAAGACAAUGUAAAGUUUGUGGGGCGCUACAUGCUCCCAAUGCGUGUUUCAUCAUUACUUUUAAAAACAGUUGGAGAUGAAAUCCACAUUUGUGUUUUAUGCGGCCUUCUGACAGAUCAGAACAGAACUCUGUUUGCAUACAAGGUAGCUAUCAAGGAACCGAAUUUCGGUUGCCCCUCUGCCAUGGUUCACACCCCGAUAAUGUUGCCAGAUCCAAAAUAUAACUUCAUGACAGAAACUAUGGUGGAAAGGACUGGGAUGGAGUUUACUCCUGAUGGACAGUUUAUUGUCUUAAUAGGCAGCAUAAAAACCCCAAAUUGCAGGGAAGGUAAAAUUGAUUGUUGUUGCUCAACAUGCACUUUAAUCUGCUCGAAGAAGAAUGGUUUGAAGAUUGUUCAUGUAGAAAGUGGUUAUGCAUCAGUUGUGGCAACAUUGGAAGCUGUUGAAGACUUGCAUUGUAUUUCGGUUUGUGAACCUAACCGACUUGUUUCUGUUGGAGGGAGUGGGAACAUACAAGUGUGGGUCAUGAAUUCAACAUGGAGUGAAAAGAUAGAGCACUUCAUCAUUCCGUCUGCUGGUUCCACGUCCCCUGGCAUUGUGGAAUUGAAGAGGGUCCCCAAGUGUGCUCAUUUGGUUGUAGGUCGAAACAUUUAUGGGGAAUUUAGUUUAUGGGAUAUUACAAAACUCAAUUGUGUUUCAAGCUUCUCUGCUUCAAAAUAUCCAAUUAAUGACUUCUUUCCAAUAAGCUUGUUCCAUUUGCAAACAAAAGACUUGCGAUUGAGCUAUGCUAGCAAAGAGGAGAAGGCUGAAAAACUUUUAGAAGCAUCCAAUUUUUGGCUCUCGAAGCAAAGAGAGACAUAUAAGUAUCUACCAACCGAAGAUGUUGCUAUGUGGUUUCUUGUCUCCACUCCCUCGGUCAUUGAUUGUUGCCAGGAUCAUGUUUCAACUUCAAUUCAUCAUGAUGUACAUACUGCUAGAAGUUGGACGCUUGCUCUUUUGACGAAAAAUAGCAUUUCUUUUGGAAGUCCCUUGGAUCCUAGGACAACUGCUGUCGGUGUCUGUGGUGGUUACGGAAUCAUGAGCACAAGUGAUGGUGUGGUAUAUAUGUGGGAUUUGUCUAGAGGCUCCAAGCUUGAUAUUCUGCACCAUUUCAAGGAUGACACUAUCACAAGUAUUGUUUCGGAUGAUUUGGAUUCAAAUUCAAGUGUUGUGGGUGUCGCCGGGGAAGAAGGCCAUCUGCUGCUUUAUUUACAUCGUGAUCAGGACUCAACUGACUAGAGAAAAUGACACUGUUGCUUUAUAUAUGUAUAUUAAGUAGCUGGUUCAUCUUUUCGAUGCUUUCAUUUGAUCUUUCAUGUUUUGAACAUGUGUAUUGAGAAUGUUUUGAACCUCAUUAAGUAUAAGAAAAUGGCAAUAGCAUAAUCCAUGGAGAGUAUUUCCUUUGUCACAUAUUAAGUAUCACAUUAGCAAAAAAAAAUGUUUUAAAACAAGUGUUAUUUUAUGUUUUCAAUGUAACAUUAACUACCUUAUUCCUAUUUUAUUUCCAAAUUGAUGUUAUGUGUAUCACUCCCAAGUCCACUGUAUUCCACUGUUUUCCUGCUCAUCAUUGAUAUAGGCAGGUCAUGAUUUUGUUUUCCUGCUCAUCAUUGAUAUAGG